AUGGCUCAAUACCACCAACCGACCUUGAAGAGUUUCAAUAAGAAAAUUUCUUUCGAAAAUAUUGAUAAUAUUAAAUUACAUAUUGCUAGUAGUCCAUUCACAGUUUCACCUGGCGAUGAGGAGAAACACAACUUGGUUCCAAUCUUUCAGUCAGUAAUUUCAUCCUUCCUAUUUUCCAUUUGUUGCUUAUUUGCUCAUCUUUCCCCUGGUAAUUUCUUUGAUGAAACUGAAACUCUAAUGAAUGCUCUUUGUUCAGUGUUUGUGUUGAGUUUCGGAUUCUGUAUGUACGUUAUGAUCAAUGCAUCGUGUCUUCAGAUGGUAAGGGAUGGAUUUGUUAGUCUUCCACUAGUUAGCAUUCAUCCAAAGGCUAAUCAAUUACUCAUUUGGUUAUCUAGAAUUUUCAAAGUGUUUUUGGGAUUGAUUGUUUUGUUCAAUGAGAUUAAGAAGGUGUUCAACAUUGAGGGAAUAGUGCUUGAGAUGGAGUUACUCUCCUAUAUCAUUCUAUUGAGUCACAUGUUUUGUGCCUUAUUAUUAUUGAAUAUAUAUUUUUGUUUCUCUAUUCAAUCAAGAGAAAGAAACUACUCUUCCGAAAGUUGUGUUUAA